AUGCAGCUAUCAGAAGCGGUGGUACACCAUGCUAAAGGCAAUCCAUUAGUUCUGAGUUCAUUAGGUUACCAUCUACACCGCAAGGACAUAAGAGUAUGGGAAGAUAAGCUCGCAAAGCUAAAGCAUGAUCUUGACAAGGACAUUUUGGAAGUUUUCACAAUGAAUUAUGAUGAUUUAGAAGAUACAGAAAAGAAUGCAUUUCUUGAUAUUGCAUGCUUCUUUGGAAGGUGCAACAAAGAUCUUUUCCAGCAAACACUCUAUCUUCGCUGUUUCUAUGCAAAAUGGGCAAUAAGUCGUCUUAUUGAUAGGUGUUUCAUAAAUAUUUCAAAUAAAGACAUACGGGUGCAUGAAUUGCUACAAAAAGUAGGUCGAGGUAUUGUCUGCAACGAAAGCUUUGAUGAUCCUUGGAAACGUACCAGAUUAUGGGAUCCUGAUGAAAUCUAUCGUGUAUUAACACAUUAUAAGGGUCCUAAAGAAGUUCAAGCCAUAUCCCUAGACUUGUCCAAAAUCAGAGAAAUGACAUUAAGUUGUAAAGCCUUCAAAAGGGUACAGGAUAAGCUUAGAUUGCUUAAAUUCUACUAUCCUAGGCGUAUUCCUCGAGAGUGUCAGAUAUUCCACCGACUUGCAGUUCAGAUGACACAAAUCAAAAUCCACCUUCCUGAACAGGGCCUUAAAUAUCUUUCGAAGGACUUAAGGAUUCUCCGGUGGGAUCAUUACACUUACAAAUCUCUGCCGUCAAAUUUAUGUCUGGGGAAACUUAUUGAACUUCGAAUGCCUUGUAGCCAUCUUGAAGAACUAGUUUGGAAUGGAUUUCAGCCUCCGGUGAAUUUGAAAAUAUUGGACCUCAGUAACUCAGUGGAUCUUGCCAGAGUCACAGACUUGAGUGAAGUUACCAAUCUUGAGGUCCUAGAUCUGAGUUCCUGUGGAAAAUUGAAAAAUGUUCCCUCUCUGGAAUAUUGCAGCAAGCUUACAAAAAUAGACCUAAGCUUUUGUGACAAUCUUUGUAGAGUUCCGAAAAUUCCUAAGAAUGUAGAAGAGUUAUCCUUGCGUGGAACUGUAAUAGAAAAAGUGCCGAAAUCAAUUUGUGAACAUCUCCGUCAGCUUGUUAAAUUGGAUCUGAGUGACUGCAAAUGUCUACGGAGGCUACCAAGCAGUAUUAAGAAUUGUAAAUGCCUUGUAGAGCUUAAUCUUCGUCGUUCACAGCUAGUUAAACUUCCAGAUAGCAUCGGUGAGUUGGACUGUCUACAAUAUCUGGAUCUAGAGGGCUGCAUCCUAUCAGAAAUUCCUCACAGCAUCGGUUCUUUAAUGUCAUUGAGGAAAUUGAAUUUAACAGGGAACAUAUUUAAGAGCAUACCUGCAAGCAUCAAGCAACUUUCUGAACUGACUGAUCUCAUUUUAAACGGAUGUGUGAUCCUUCAAUGUUUACCAGAGCUUCCAUCAUGUCUACAACAUUUAACUGUGCAGUGCUGCACUUCUCUAGAAUCAGUACAAAGUAUAUACACUGAAGUUCAGAAAGAGUAUGAAGCUUCUUUUGAGAUUUUCAAUUUCGCAUAUUGCAACCAACUGAAUGAGGACGCUUACCAUAAAAUUAUGGGUGAUGCAUGGCUGAGAAUUCAACGCAUGGCAACAUCUCUGUUCAAUCAGGGCUUUCAAAGCAGAGCUAGAUUUUGUGUUCCUGGAAGCGAAGUCCCAGAAUGGUUCAGCUAUCAAAAUAAAAGAGGAUCUUCAUUACAAGCAAUCAAGCCCCCUCAUCGCAACAUUACUGAGUCCUUGGGUUGCGCAUUUUGCGUUGUUGUUGCAUCCAAAGAGGAAAUUGAUCACGAGGAUUUUGCUGCCCCUGAUGAAGAAAAUUUCGACACCUGGAUAGGAUUUGACGAUAUUAGAUGCGAGUGCAAAUUCAUAACCAUGAAUGGACACCAAAGUGAUCUCCAUUUCUCCUACAUGUUACACAUGAUAGAUGAUGUCGGCAAGAUUGGAAGUAAUCAUGUGUUCGUUUGGUAUGACCCGAGUCCCAAGUCUGGUUAUUGUUUCAACGAGGCCACAUUUGAAUUCUGCCUUGAUUAUAAGCACGGAACCCCUAGAACAUGUGAGGUGAUUAAAUGUGGAGUCCAUCUACUCUUUGCUAAAGAUGAUAAUCAUGAGCAACCACGCCCUAACAAAAGAUCGAAGAUGAAUAUCGUUGAUCCUGAUUUGCCUUUGUCAUCCUGUUUGACGGGGCAACUCAAUGCUCCAGAUGGUCUUCCUCUUCCCUAA